CCGUCCAGAAGACCGCUGCUCAGACAGAUAUUUACCACUCUCACUCUGGCAAUAAUUAGCCACAUUAGAACAAGGAAACACGUUAAAGGCCGUGGCCACGCAAAAGGACUUCAUUUGGCAAAACACAGAAACCACAGACAGGAAUAUCCACCUUCUCCUAAAAGGCUCCGACCAGAGACGAUACAAAUGGAAGAUCCCAUUGACACCGCCAUGGCAGUGUUCUCUGAUCAGUACCUGUCGUCCAAUGACAGUUUACUAUUCAACAUCACUCCAACCCAUUUCCCCCGCCUGCCACCCAUAAUAGACCAGACCAUCAGCAUCACCACCAUAGUGAUCCUCUUCAUCACCAUGGUUUCACUGGGCUGUACCAUGGAGGUGCCCAAGAUCAAGGCCCACAUCCUGAAACCUAGAGGAGUAGCCAUCGCAGUGGUGGCCCAGUUUGGAGUAAUGCCCCUCACUGCCUUCUCAUUGGCUAAGGUGUUACAGCUGGGGCCGGUAGAGGCUGUAGUGGUGCUGAUCUGUGGAUGCUGUCCAGGGGGAAACCUCUCCAAUAUAUUGGCCCUGUCUCUGAAAGGAGACAUGAACCUAAGUAUUGUGAUGACUACCUGCUCUACAUUCCUAGCCCUGGGUAUGAUGCCACUGCUCCUCUACCUAUACUGCCAGGGCUUCUCCAACCUGGAGAGUGCUGUUCCCUACGCUGGCAUCACUCUGGCCCUGGUCAUGACUCUGUUCCCCUGCGGCAUCGGCAUCCUCAUCAAUUACUACAGGCCACAGUACUCCAAGACUAUUACUAAGGUCGGCCUGUCCCUCCUGUUGAUGGCCACGGUGGUUAUUGGCCUGCUGGCCGGCAUGACCAUAGGAGGGAUGGAUUUGACGCUGACCCUCCUGUCCCCUCCGCUCAUGGCCACCGCUGCCCUCAUGCCCCUCAUUGGCUACACCUUCGGAUACGUCCUGUCAUACCUCUUCAAACUCAACGGAUCGGGGCGGAGGACCAUCUCCAUGGAGACAGGCUGUCAGAACAUCCAGCUGUGUUCCACCAUUUUGAAGGUGGCAUUCCCUCCCGAUGUGAUUGGUCCCCUCUACCUGUUCCCUAUGAUCUACAUAGUGUUUCAGGUGGGAGAGGCCUUACUGCUCAUCGUCCUGUUCAGGGUUCACCGGAGGUUCUUCAAAACACCGAAGACAGAGAAGCAGGUGUACGAUGCAGUGGAUGGAAAUCAGAUUCACAGCAGCUCAGUCUGAAAUGGUGAUGUGAACCAAGG